AUGAGCUCAAAUAUGAUGAAGAGUUCUGGAAAAUCCUUCGAUUGGGAUGAACCCGUAAUCGAUCAAUAUUAUUCAAUUAUUCACCCAACAUUUCCUUUCCUCCCGCACUCAAAGCAGCGGUUGAGGUUGAGACUCUCUCAUGCUUCUUCCCGUGUGCGAGAGGCUGUUCUUCAGGCACUAUAUUGUGCUGUGAGAUCAAAUCCAGCAUCUACUUUGAUGCCAACUGGACCGUUUGAGUCUCGCGGAGUCGCAGAACUUGCAUUCGCUGCUCAGUAUGAGGAUCCAUCUAGUAGAUCUAUUGCUGAUAAUUUGAUCUACCUUCAAACGUUGAUUUUCUUAAUUUUGGAAGCGGAUAAUCGAGGCCCGGCAGCCAUCAAAGGUCAAUUUGGACCUCCAAGAGCACUCUGGUUGGGAGCUGCUAUUGGGUUGGCAUAUAAUCUUAGACUCCAUUACGGAAAUGCUGGGUCUAAGUCGUCAGACAAUGAUAAUGACGAUAGUGACGAGAAACUAGGAAGGAGGGCAUGGUGGACUCUUGUCGUUCUCGAUAGGUGGAACGCAGUGAGCACUUCGAGCCCCCUUCACAUCCCUGAUUCAAGUGUGGUACUCAUGCAAGAAGACCAAUCUCUUCUCGGGAUUGCAGCUUACCAAAUCACUCGUUUAUCCAUGAUCCUUGGCCACCUUGCGGAAAACCUAACGUCAUCCGAUCAAGCAGUUUCGACUUCCGCGAGUGGUGCUGCCUUUGUUUCAAGAUUGCUCAGAGGCGAGCUCGAGAGAUUCCGGGAGAGUGUGGAUGGUAUUCUCGGAUCCUUGAACCUCGUACAUAUCGCCUACUGGCAUGUGAAAUUACUUUUCCUUCGCUUGAACGACGCUACGGAGCCCAGUCAGUUGAUUGGACCAGCGACUAGAAUUGCAGUUAUCUUGAAUUCAGGACAGACCCCAAUCACCCCACUCAGCUACCACUUUGCAGCAUUGGCGAUCCUGACGUUGGUAGACCUUCUGGAAUACGGCGAAACCAGGAUCGAAGCGGAGAAGGGCGUCAUGCAUAUCGCUGAAGCCUUGGAAAAGCGCAGGGGGGUCUCGACGCGGGAGGACAGUACCGGGUGGGAUAGGACUAUCAAGGACUUCAUCUCUCGCAGGACGUCUCGGGCUAACUCUGGAGGAACUACAAAUGCCGGAAAGCAUCCCCUGCCUCACGGAAAUCUCCAACAUUUGGCGGAGCUAGCAGUGGGGGAGAGCGCGGGCGGUGGCGGCCCUGGAACAUCUGGAAUGUCUUCAGAAUCUAGAAACCCGGUUAUUGAUGCUCAUAUGUUGCAAAAGUACGGGUACUUAGGGUGCCUUGUUUUGUAG